AUGGAGUUGAGUAGUUCGAGGAACUGGAAAGUCUUUGCUUUGGCGAAAAGAAUAAUAAGCCGGCUGCAGCAGCAGCAGCAGCAGCAGCAGCAGCAGCAGCAGCAGCAGCAGCGGCGGCGAGAGCACACGCAGCAGCCCGUGCCGCAGCCGUUAGCAGCAGCAGCAGCAACGACGAGAGAGUGCACGCAGCAGCAGCAGCACACCCAGCCAAGAGCAGCAGCAGCAGCAGCAGCAGCAGCAAAGGCAAGAUGCGGCAGCAGCAGCAGCAGCAGCAAAAGCGCCAGCAGCAGCAGCAGCAAAGGCAAGAUGCAGCAGCAGCAGCAGCAAGAGCGCCAGCAGCAGCAGCAGCAGCAAAAGCAGCCAUCAGCAGCAGCAGCAAACUGA